CGUGUUGUGUAAUAUUGUUUUGAAGAAUGUCUGGCAUUGACAGCAGCCUGCACUUGUACUUGGUAAUUACUGUAGAUGCUAGCAUGCCCAGACGCAUGCCCCCAACACUUUUAGGUAGCAGCAAUCAAAUAGAUUUUAUCUGUUGUCUUGUUUACUGGGUUAUUCAUGGAGAGGGAAGAGGCUUGUGAUCUAUCGCCGAAGGGUUUUUAUAGAAAUGGAUAAAUGUUCCAACUACCACGGAUCCAAGAUUCUGCUUCACUGCUGUGUUGAGAAGAUGAGUUGUUGAAACGCCAUUACUCAGCAACUGAACAGGGAGUAGUCCCCUGUCUUGGGUGUGGAAACUGAUCAUUGUUUUUGUUUUGCCACACAUUAUGCUUUUAAAUGAAAAUACUGUUCUGGAGGUGGUUCUGUUGUUAGAACCUGGUGAAAAAAUAUUAUUCUAAAAUGUGGUUUGUUAUGAAUGGCCACCUGGGAGGGGAGCCUGCAGUUUCCACGGGAAAGACAGUAGAAUAAUAGAUGACAUGGUUUAUCAGAAGCACAGUGGGCCUGUUAGGUUAGAGCUUGACAAAGUUGGUGCUAAUGGUCGGCGUUGCAAAAUAAUUAACCCAAUGAUGUGGUCCUAGUUCUGACAGAACUUGAUGGAUUUUCUUGCCAUCCUUUCUACCACUGGACAAUAAAAAUCUCUGAUCCAGGUUCCAUCCUUCAUGGAAAAGUGUCGGGGAAUAAUUAAUGCGCGUUUUCCAAAGGAAUAAUCUUUUUACUUACUUUUGAGAUGUCUAAAGUUGUGAAAUAACUAUUGCAAACAGACAUCUGAACUUGAGGCUAGCAAGGCAACUUUCCCAAGAAUGAUUGACGUUGCAUUUGUAAUAUUGUCUGCAAAUUACAGUUCUAGCCACCCAACACCAGAACUUGAACCAUAAAUGAUUUAGAGAGGAAUAGCGUUUUUAAAUUUAAAGGUUUUAAAUUGUCAUGUAAUUAAAUUUCUAUGCAUUUGUUGUACAGAAUGGGAUAAAAGGUGCAGUUCUGUGAUGUCAUUUGGGUGCAAUCUGUUUACCUUAUUUGGUUAAUUAGGCUUUUCUUCAUUUCUCAGUAGUGUGGAAAGAGAUUAAAUGACCUUAUUACAAACAAAGGAGCAAGAAUUGUUGCGUCAUUUCUUUUAUAGUAGCUCUGUAUUUGUUGGCAUUACAAAAUUAUCCUAAUUUCUGCUUCACAGUGCAUCUGAGUUGAGGACACACUAUUAGUGGAUGAUUGUAGUUAUAGUUGGAAACAGGUACAAGUUCUUGUUUUUGAUGCAUGUAAUAAAUAGUAAAAUAUAAAUUAAGGUUGCUGACCUCUGGGUUAGGUUUGCCCAACUUAGACCAACUUCUCAUUUGCUCAUGCUGUUUCUGCUCUGUUCCCCUGGUUCCUUUCUGUUAUUUCCCUCUCUAUAAUGCAUUAAAGUACCUGCUACUGGCUUUGUCACAACUCUGGCCUCGGUGGUCUUGUAAAAGGACCGUAUUAAAUCCAAAAUUUUGACUUGUUUUUAACGCGUAGAGAAAGCUUUAAUGUGAAACUAGCGUGAAGAAGCUUUGAGUUUGGGUUACUUUAUACGCUGUCAAAAGGAAGGAAUGUCUGCUGAGUAAACCGCUUGACAAAGUUCUUGUUACGGAACGGCUUAGACUUGUUUUAGCUGGUCGUGAAUCAACGAAGCCUGAAGGCCUUUUUCUUAAUAUAUUUUAAGAUUUGUUUUGCUGAAAUUGUAAUUUUCCCAUCACGUUUAAAUGCGUUGGAUCAUCUUGUGAUUCUGUUAUGGGGCUGAAGUUCUGGUCUAAUGGUGUUGUGGUUUAAAAUGUUCCAUGUUGUGAUGGGUGUUGCGUUUGGAGGAGGCAAGGUGCUUAAAUAAGCGGCGCCCACCGAUCAGUCUGUAACAUGAGAGGUGAGCUAUAAAUACCCCUAACCUUUCCUGCGUACGCUUGUUUGUGUGCAUUGGCUCAGAGCUCGGUCCAGGCCGGUUUGGCUUUUUGGGGACAAUACAGAUUCGAGAGAAGGGUUUGUUCGCCACGCAGCCGUCGGUCUACGCGUCGCAGAAAGUUUCAGUGGUGCCUGGAAAUGCAGAAGGCUGUUUCCUGUUUUGAUUCAGCGCGUUUUACUGCUGCUCUAACCUCAGUUCAGCUUUAGGUAAAAAAUGCCACAGCAAACUGUCUUUCUGAGUUGGAGUGACUCCCCGACUUUCAGACUUCAACAGAUCUCUCAGAUUUCUGCAGUUCCAGCAGCAGCCCCUCCUUCCAGCCCAUCCGCAGUCAGAUCCCCAUCCCCACUGCUCAUGUCAUGCCCUCCACGGCUGGCGCCUCGGCCUCAAAGCCGCGCUCUUUCGGCCCGGAUGACGCGUUGUCCUCGACCGAGGGUCACAGGUCGUCUUCUGGUUCCAGAACCCCGAGUGGCUCCACAUCCAAGUCUUCCUCGCUUUCUAAAUCAGCCUCUUCGCCCAACUUGGACGCCCAGCCGGGUGCAGGAGUCGAUCACGUGGGACCCAAGCCGGACUGCCUGAGCCGCUACCGCAGCCUCGUCAACGGGCUGGACCACUCGCUUUUUCCCACGGAUCACACGAGGCUGGAUGAGGGCCAGAGGUUCGACUCUCCCCCGGUGGAGCCCACUCUGAAUCAGUCGGCCCUGUUGGGAGGGCUGUGUCCCGAUGUCAGGCUCAGGUUACAGACCUCCGGGAUUAGAGACCCUGCAGACUGUGUGUCUGAGGCGUACAGGGCGGGUUUGGAGCAGAGCUACAAGGUUCUGCCCGAAGCACGGCCUGGCCUCCCUGGAAUCGCAGAAACCUCUAAUCAGAGGGGGAGUCAGCCGGGCGCGGCCGGAUCUGCCGGGGUUUAUUCAAGCCCGCUCAGUCUGCAGACUCAAGCUCUGUUCAGGGAGCACACGAGUCCCAAAAGCUACGACAGAUGCAGUGAACUUUCUAGCUGGCAGCAAAAACAGCAGCUGGAGACUUUACGCCUACAAGUGGAACAAAUGCAGUUGAUGAAUGCUGGAGUGAGCCAGUAUCCCCCGCUCUACUCGACGCCGCUGCACUCGGAGUCCGGCAAGUGGGACGCUCUGGUUAAAGCCAGCGAGAGUCUGCUGAAGGAGAAGGAGCUUAUCAUUGAGAGACAGAAGCAGCACAUGGCCCAGCUGGAGCAGCGGCUGAGGGAAAGCGAACUGCAGGUUCACGGCGCCCUGCUGGGUCGAGGCGCUUCGUACGGCGACAUGUUCAUGCUGCGUCUUCAGGAGGCUCAGAGGGAAAACGCAUUCCUUAGAGCUCAGUUCGCCGAGCGCACCGACUGCGCUGUGCUGGAGAAGGCCGAGGCGGAGCACCGGCUCGGUGCGGUGGAGGCAGAGACGCGGCGGCUCACUGAGAGUUUGAAGGAAGCCUGCGAGAGGCACGCAGAGGAAAUGAAGAAACAGGAAGAAAGGAUCCGCAGUCGAGACAAACACAUCAACAACCUGAAGAAGAAAUAUCAAAAGGAGGCAGAGCUGAAGAGGGAGAACCAGCAGCGUAUUGAAACUCUGGAGCGCUACCUCGCUGACCUGCCUACCUUAGAGGACUAUCAGAGUCAGAAUAAGCAACUAUUGGAGGCCGAGCAGCAGACGGCUCAGCUAGAAGAAAAGGUUAGAGAACUGGAAGCCACUCUGGAGAAAACGCGCUCACAGCUCCAGGAAAAAGAUGCUCAGCUGGAGGAGCAGAAACGCAGGGAGAGAGACCUGCUGAAAACCAUUACAGACAUGCAGCAGCGGGUGCAGCAGGGCCUAGAGGACGGAGCCAGACUCCCGUGUCUGGAUAUGGAGAAGCUUCGAGCAGAGAACGACGCUUUGAGAGAGGAGCAGCAGAGGCUCAAAAAGGUUAUUGAGAAGCAACAUCGAAUGAUGGAACAGCUUGGAUCCCAAAUCCAGGCUUUGGAGGAGCAGAUUUCUCAGGAAGAAAGCAGCUCUCAGGCUCUUAGGGAAGAAGUGUUGGCUAAAGAUACGAAUGUCCUGGAGCUCCACACAGCCAUGAAGGAGCUGUCGGCCCAGAACCAGGAGCUGAUCGAGCAGAAUCUGACGCUGCAGGAGCAGAUGAGUGAUCCGGAACAGAGGAUCUCCAACCAGGCCUCGUCCGUCCUCGAGCCGGCAGGGGCCCAUCUCACACAGAGGCUGCACUGUGAGAUCGCCUCCUGUCUGGGCGACCUGCGCUCGCUGUGCAGCAUCCUGACCCAGCGAGCCCGGGGACAGAACCCCAACCUCUCUCUGCUGCUUGAUUUCACUUCACCUCCAGCAGUUUCUGAGCAGGAUGAGGACUGGAUGGAACCAGACGUGCUGCAGAAGAAGCUGGUGGAGGCCCAGCAGCUCCGGCGGGACGUGGAGGAACUGCGCAACGUCAUUCUGGAUCGUUACGCACAGGACAUGGGGGAGAACUGCAUCACUCAGUAACGGCGACUUCUCUCUGAUGGAGGAAACCUGCAGCAACCACUUGUUCUCCUCUGGCAUCUCUCAGGCUUUCUUUCCUUGAUACUUAAUGUUUGAAGAAAGCCCAGGUUUUUAAUUUCCUAGAAUGAGGACAAACCAAAAUGGUUUCUCUUUAGCUUCUCUCACCUGACUGAACAUUGAGUCCCAAGCCUAGCUGUAGCUCAGACGCCUCCCUUAGUUCGUCUAUUUCAGUCCAAGGGCUUACAGAAAUAACUUACCUCUACUACUUGAUCCUUUAAGCAUUGUGUGUGUGUGUAUGCGUUAGUGUGAGGUUUGGCGAGGUUGACAUUGUAUUAUUGUAUUACCAGUUACCAAACAGUCUUAUUCUUUGUUUUACUCGAGUAGAUGACGCUUUGUUUGGAAGUCCCAGAAAUCUAAUUUAUUUAAAUCUUUAUUUCCCUGUUUAGGGGGAAUGAUCCUUUUAGUGGUUGACAAUCAACUGGACAUGUUUUAACUUUGUGCUUUUAACUGAAUUAACAAAGAAAUGUUACCGAUGCAUCAUUAUUUCCAAUGGUGAACACUGUAACGAUGGACUGUGCUGUGACAUACGGGACGUAACGACUUCAAGGGUUUCAAACCAAAUCAGCUUCUCACACCAACAGGCCUACAGCAGUUUUAUUACCAAAGAGACUCUCUGGUCUAAAGCGGGAACGUUGGCGAGCUCGCCUCCCCGCCGCAGGCCGUCGCUCUGACUGAACACCAGCGUGUGCCUUUGUCCUGAUUGCAACUACAAUGCUAACUCGAUUCAGACCAACCGGAAGGGUUGUUUGCAGCUGAAGUCUUCCAAUAUGACCUUUCUCUCAGAGUACCAACCAGUAGGAUAAUCAAUACAUUCCCUGACUCUGAAUGUAGGAAACAGAGGGACACAUUACAGCAGCCGAGGAAACGCCGACUCUUUUCUGUUCACGGUUAACGAUUUGGAGUAGAAACUGUUAGUCUGGGAAAGCUUUUUGUAGGAUCUGUUUUAACGUCUAUGAUGGCUGACUUGCAUUCGGCAGAGUAGUUGACUGAUAAAUGACUAAGAAACAGUAUUAACCCUUUGUGUUAUUUAUUAUUUUUGUUUUGAUAACUUGGUGUGAAUGAUUUCUUUUGGGGGGAGUUUUGGGGGGGGCCUGCCUAACUUGUUCAUAUAAUAAUGUGUUAAUGUGUUCAGAAGAUUUUGUAAAGGUCCCAUGAAGUGUCAUUUUUGUUCUGGUCACUUGUAAUAGGAUGUUGAGACGGGAGCAGGUUCUCCUACGUGUUUGUUGUUAUCCCGUGGUGAUCAUCAGCAGGGAUGGCGGGAUCACCCCCAAAUCACAACAAGUAUAGGGUAAGCCAUUUAGGAAAAACUCGACACUUUACAGGAGGUGAAAGGGAUUUUAAAAAUAAAGAUAUGCAAAAAAAGAGAGAAAAAAGACAUACAAUAAAAGAUUUUAACCAGGGACACUCAAGCCAUACUUCAUUUCAUGGGACCUUAAAACUUAACUAGCACAAGGUUUCGCUUUGGAACGUCAGGCUCCGCAUGCCUUAACAUCUCAAAUGUUUUGCAAAAGGGAAAAAGACGUCUAUUUUCUUACUGUUGUUUUAUGUUUUUAACUGAAUAUUGUAGAAAUAAAGAUUUUUGACAUUGUUUUUCAUUGAA